AUUUAGUACUUGCAGAAUAAACCAGCUAGCACUCGAGUAAUUUUAAUCCAGAAAUAAAACGAAAACGAAGAGAAUGAAGAUUUUGAUUUCAAUCGUGUGUGUUUUGCUCAUGGCAAGAGGAGGUCUAAGUCAAUUGGACGGAACUUGCUCAGGCGCAGGUGGUACAUGUACAGGCGAACCAAACGCAGCUUUGUGCGACUCUUCUACUCCUCCACUUUGCGUGUGUAAUGUCAAUUAUAUGCCUGCUACCCCGAAUACUGACUGCACAGCAAGGACAUGCGCUAGUGGUGAUGGUGACUGCACCCCUUCCGAUACCAACAGUUACUGCAAUACGGCUCCCGCGACCGACGUUUGCAACUGCAAGGCAAACUUUGUCGAUACGUCAAACGCUGCCUGUGUACGUCGAACCUGCGCCAAUGGUGACAGAGAUUGUGUUGUAAACGAAGCUAAUUCAUAUUGUUCUUCAUCUGGAACCAUCGGAUGCACCUGUGGAUUUCUUUCCACUACCGACGGCUCAUCUGGAUCGUGUACAGCCAAAGCAUGCACAACAUCAACAAUCGCAUCUGCUUGUGGAUCCGGCACUCUCUACUGUGUAUCAUCAGUGUGCGCAUGCCCAGCAAAUCAGAUCGCUGGGGCAACAGCUUGUGUUGACAGAACAUGUGCAGCGACCUCCGACUGCACAACUAAUGGUGACGCCAAUUCGGAAUGCAACACCUCAACAGGGAAAUGUGCAUGUAAAUCUGGUUAUGAAGCCUCGGAAGCAGCAUGCGUAGCAUCCACUACUACAACUACUACUACUACAGCAACUACAACUACUGCAACGUGUGGAGGAAUUUCGACAGCUUUUUCUUUCCCUCUACUUCUUUUCAACCUUGGUGUAUAUAAAGCAGCAAAAUGGUUCAGUAAUUGAUAAUUAACGUUACAGCGUGCUGAAAUAUAUAUUCAAAUCAGUAAUUUUUCAAUGAGUUUGGCAAUUUUAUUAAUAAUAUUUUCAGAUGAAUAUUCGUUCAACUUGCUAGGAAAAUACAAUAUAUACUUUAUUUUAUACGAUUUUAGUAGUAACUAAUGCUUGGAAAAGAUUUGAUGGAAUCUUUCCUGAUCCCAUUUCAAGUAUAAAGUUUUAUGGCAGCUUCAAUUAAUAAAAAAAAAAAGUUG